CACUUCUGUAAGGGCCAGCUGCACCAUGCUUUCAAGAACUUCUGGUUUUGGAACGUAGGUAACUCUCAUUCAAUGGGGUAACUACAUAAACUUUUUCACGGAGAGCAGUAGGUCGUAAUCAAGAGACGACAAAGGUCAGAAUUUCUUAUUGGAAAGAUUUUGGGGGGCAGAUCAGAUGAACUGAAAUGUAAAGAAGAAACGCAUGGUCCCCAGGAUUCACACAGGCGAACACACGCGCGCAGAGACCGCCUGCUCCUCAGACUGUGUCGGUUGCGCACGCAGCCCCUGGGCAGCCCCUCGACAGCUCAACUGCCGCCUAACCGCCGCCUCUGCCCCGCUGCGUGCGCAAGUUCCCAGAAAGAGGCGGGGCCAAGAGUGCGUGUCGCCGCGGGAGCGUGUGGGCGGGGCGUCCGGGGCGGGGCCAGCGCGUGCGCAGAGGGCGCGGACUAGAAGGCGGGAAAAGACGGGAUGGAGCGACAAGGAGUGGACACGCCCCACGUAGAGUGCAAGGACCAGGAGCCACAGCUGUUGGGGGAGAGCAAGGAGCAGCUGCAGGGCGAGGAGAGCCAUGAAGAGGAGGCUGGGCGAGGACCACCUAGAAGUCAGGUUUCUAGCCCCUCUAUCGCUACCUCCAGUGCCAACCGCCAGCUGGUGAUGCUGGAAGGGAAGUCAGGACUCUACUUUUCCUCUCUGGACUCGAGCAUUGACCUCUUGAAGAAAAGAGCCCAGGAGUUGAUUGAAAACAUCAACGAGAGCAGACAGAAGGACCAUGCACUCAUGACCAACUUCAGAGACAGCCUCAAGAUCAAGGUUUCAGACCUGACAGAGAAGCUAGAGGAGAAGAUGUAUCAAAUUUAUAAUUACCACAACAAGAUCAUUCAGGAAAAGCUUCAAGAGUUCACUCAGAAAAUGGCAAAGAUCAGUCACCUGGAAACAGAGCUCAAGCAAGUGUGCCACACUGUGGAGACUGUGUACAAAGACCUGUGCAUCCAGCCUGAGGCUGCUAAUUUGGAAGAAGAACAGACCCACAAUGAUGGUGAAUGCUGACAGCUACCAGGAGAGCUCCUUUUAGUGAGAGCCCCAAGGGAAGGCUCAGAUGUCACCGUUUGGGCCACAGUGAGAAAAUUGUUUUUCAGAGUUCUAUAAUGCAUCUUAGCAAAAACAAACCAACCCCAAAACCCAAAGCUCCUUGUGCCAGGCCCCAAACUUCUGGGGGUCCAGCCCCCACCACGGGCCCAGGUUUUGUGUUCCCACAGAUUCACCCCAUCCCAACCCCACACAGUUGAUUAAACGUUUGAUUUUUAACCCA